AAGCAGCUAUUUCUUCCUCUCAAAGGUUGGCAACUCUGCACAAAACAAGAACAUAAAUUUUUUUCUUCUAGUUUACUUUCUUAAAAAUCUAAUAUAUUGUGAAAUUGUGCUUGAAACAUGGCCUGAAUAACUGCAACAAUGAAAGUCGCGUGCAACACUCAGUAAACGCGUUUCCAAAACCUACAGCUUUCCCGCCCGCACGAUACGCGCGUUUUUUUCCCUACUUUCUACCUGCUGCAUUUACUCUACACAUGCAUAUCGUGUACAACAACAACAACAAUAACAACAACUUGGCGGAUAUUUUUAGUCCUGAUUACAUCGAUGGACCGUUGUCGUCCAAGAAGAUGAUAAUUGGAUCGUUCUCAAUGUUUGUGAUAUUCUCAUACCUGAAACUGCUGUAUAUACUCGUGGCAAUCUAUUUGGCCCUGCACCACGUCCACUAAACAAACAACAAAACCGACGAAACCGUAACCCGGGCAAAUGUAUCAUUUUGUC